AUGUCUCUCGCGAUGCUUACAAGAAAUAUGCUCCGCAGGACAAGUGUCCGUGCAUUUGCCUCAUCUGCUUCGAACUUUACGGCUGGAAAGGACUCUGCUCGCAAACUUUCGCCCGAAGAGGCCAAAGCUGAAGCUGCCAAGUUGGCCAUUCAAUCUUUGAAGGAUGUGGGUUCCGUAUUCUCUUCUGGAAGUGAUGACGCUGUACAGCCCAUCGACACACGUCCAGUUUUCGAAAACCCGGAGCUUUUUGGCACAUUGAACUUGUUACACCAGGGACAAGUUUUGAAAGAGCUUCAGGAGAAGUACGAUAAGAACUGGAACAAGUUGACAGACGAGGAAAAGAAGCUUGGAUACUAUAUUGCGUACGGGAACUGGGGUCCUCGAGAGAAAUUCAUCAACUGGAACACGCAAGAGGCUCCCUAUGAUCUUCCAUUUCGCGUGCCAUCGAAGGUCCGUCUUUCCAACCCCCAGGCAAACGAUGUCGUGCACAAGCUUGAACCAUUAUACCUAUCGGAAACACCAGUGAGGAAAGAACAGUUUGACACUUCCAAGAUGGACCCAGUCACAAAAACAUUCAUCUACAUUACGUUGUUUGUUAUGCUUUUUGCCAUUCUGCGAGACAAGAAUACAGGUGAAAGUGGGAAGCCUCAGGAGAUCAUUAUUGAAGACAGGUAUAUGAAGAGUAAGCUCGAGAAGGAGCAAAAGGAAAAAGAAAAAGAAAUAGAGGAGGAAAACAGAAAGAAUCAGGAAAAGCAGGCCCGCCGCAAAUGGUACUACUUGUGGUUAAAGUGA